GCUCAAAUCAAGUGAGCUAAUAAACACACAACUUGGUAGUUGGUAUCUGCCACAAGACAACCGCCUUACAAGAUGAAAUGGUGUUGCCAAAGGUCAUCAGGUCGCGCCACUUAUUCAUCUUUGACGCAAGUUGAAGGCCCUUCUCCUGAAGUCAAACUGAUCUAUGACCCUUUGUAUUGUGCUACCCGGAGGAAAUCAUGCUACACAUACACCCUAGUCGAACCUUUCGAAUUCCGAAAGAAUUCGAGAGCUAAGUGAUUCCCUGGGCAUAAACAAUUCGCAAGAAAAAGGAUGUGGAGGGCACAGCCUAUCAUCAUUUGCCCAGCCAAGUGAGAAGAUGUGGGCACGCCUGUUCAUCUGUGCGAUUGUCGCUGACACAGCGCUGGGGAUCCGAUGGCACGCGCCUCCGGGGCCUGUGCCUCCUGUUGCGAACGAAACGCUGCCGAAUAUUCCUUCGGGCCUACCGUCUGACGACAUUCGAUUUCAGCGGGGGUGAGUUGACUUAUAGUGAGAGACUACCAUGCUAUGACUUUUUCUGUUUUGAAAAAGUAGAGUUUGAGUGUGCUGCAUCCAUCACUACGGAGUUUUCAUUUGCCUGCAUUCCGAAUACUAUUCUUUAUCUACGUGAGAGCACAUGAAAAAAUACAACAGGGUUGAUAUUCUAGAGCCUCCAGCCGGCCCUCCCGAGUCUGGCCCCGCACCUCCGUCUCCAGACCCGGUUCUCAAGUUACCAGACUUCGACGCGAUGGGUGUUGGUGAAGAGCAUCUGAAGAUUCUAGACAUGCCACUAGCAGUAAACGCGACAGCGAAUUCGACAGCAGUGGCGGAAGACGAAUAGGACGGUUGAUAGUCGUGGCAUGAUCGUCCAUUUUUUUCUGUCAUCGCAUUUUUUUCCAUUUUUUUCCGGAUCCGUUGGUGAUCUGAGCCUUCAACUGCAUGCUGAUGUCAUCAAAGUUCGCGCGGACAAAAACGAAGUAAAGUAGGAGUAUGCAGCCUGCUUCGCUGAAACGAG